AUGAACCCCAAGCAGCUGUCGCAGUUUCUCGCCACAGUGGAAUACCAGCACAAGGUACGUGAGGAGAGCAUAGGCGCAAGACGUCGACUUGUAGAACUGUACAGCAGCGAUGCCAGCGGUGACGUCGUCGAGUCACUCCCUGUCGUUUCGCUUAAGACGCUCUACACCGACUUCGAGGUACGUGAAAUUCCCGCCUCUUACGGCGAUGGCGCACCGCUUGUGCUCGAGCUCGGCAGCAGUGCCUCAGCCAAGAGUGGAGAUGCUUGUGUGCACAGCGGUGCAUCCGUUAGCUUCCUAAAGCGUCCUCGUGCCGCCGAGGAGUGCGAUGACGCCAUGAAAACCGCCCCACAGAACGCGGAAACGAGCUCGGCAGCAAAGUUCAGCUCCGUCACGGAGGUGAUCGGCCCCCUAAUCAGCAAAGAGGACCUUGCCAACCUGCUUGUCGGGCUGGCCGAUGCAACCAAGACGAUUCCGCUGCGGAGCGUCACCGAGAAGGAGAAGCGCGCCGAGCUGCACAAGGCCAUCAAGGCGUGUCUUGGGGACACGCACGUCAGUAACACCGUGGAUGGGGUCGUCACCGUCCUCAAGGCAAACGCGGCAGAUCGGCGUGAAGAGCGACGUCGCUCCCGCACUAACCGCACGGCACCGAAGUACCACCACUUCACCCUUUACAAAGAGAACAUGGACAGCAAUCAGGCACUGCGCAUGCUUGCCCAUCACCUGAAGCUCUCCUCCCGACAGCUGCAAUUCUGCGGCACCAAGGACAAGCGGGCCGUCACGCUGCAACGCGCUGCUAUACGCGAAACAACAGUGGAGCACCUCAAGACGAUCAACAGUCACACCUUCGGAGAACACAGUGUAAUGAAGGUCUGUGGCUUCACCGAGGAGGAGCACGGGUUGCGCCUCGGCGACGCUCUCGGGAACCACUUUCGUAUCGUUCUCCGUGUGUUCCCUGUCGCGCUGUCGCCCGCCGAAAGUGCCACUCCCACGUGCCCCAUGCUUACGCCACCGCACCUGUACGAGAUAGAGCGUGUCGUGCGAGAGGCGGGGGUCAUCAACUACUUUGGUCCGCAGCGCUUCGGCACGACGAAGAUUCUGACCAGUGACGUCGGCAUCCAAUUUCUGCAGGGGCGUCUCCGUGAGGGACUUCGCUUACUACUGUCCUCCAAAGCGUGUUUAGUGCCAGCGAUGCAGCGGGUGGUGGACUUUUAUGACGCGAGCGACUACGCAGCAGCACUAGAGGCAACGCCGUACUACUGCUACUCAGAGCGCGACAUCCUUAAACACCUGUCGAGGAAUCCGAACGACUACCUCGGCUCGUUGCAGGCCAUCGCGCGUACCAUGGCGAUGAUGUAUUUUCACGCCGUGCAGAGUCUCGUGUGGAACCGCCUGGCUUCAUCGCGACUGUCCGACAAGGGUCGAAGACACGCCGAGGUGGGCGAUCUCGUGCUUGAAUCGACGUAUCAGAAGAGCCUGGCGGGCAGGGAUGCGCAACUAACAGAGAGCCCUGAGGCCUGCAAACUGCCAGCUGUGCGUCGCCUGACCAGCGAGGAGGACUGCGCGCGUUUUGGUCUGGAGGACGUCUUGCUGCCGGUACCAGGCCCAGAUGAAGAUCUCAUAUACCCCUCUUCCGUCGGCUGCACACGAGACGACUACGAUGCCGUGCUCGCCGAAUUGGGCAUCGACUUUACGUCAAAGCAGGCGCUGGGGCUGAUGAAGGUGUUUCACUUCCACGGCACGUACCGCACACUGGGGGUUCGACCCAAGGACUUUACCCUGCGCAUGGAGACGGUGGCAACCUGGCGAACCCCUGUGCUAAAGUCCGACUGGCAGAGGCACUGCGAGGCGGAGGGUAUCGUGACGCCGGCGCUCAGCAGCGUCGGCGACGCAGCAUCGGUGUUGGAGUCGGCAGGGCCAGUGGAAGUGCUGGUGGUCGCCUUCUCGCUUCCACCCGGCAGCUACGCGACGAGCGUGCUACGAGAGUUUUGCAUUCCCACCACGGAGCACUUCUACAGAAACGACUCAAGGAUUGAAGAGGAGUAG